AUGCCUCCAUCAGGAAGCCCAACCCAAUCCAGCACCGGACAAAUUCACCCCAGAACCGCAGACCCAUACUACAGCAACGAAGAUGUGGCGCUUUUGCACGAUAUCGUCGUGCUGGCGCAAGAGCUGUUGCCCGGACUCCCAGAACGCGAAAGGUUGCCAACCAACGCGUUGUUUAACGCUUACUACGAUAUUCUGCCUCGGAUUGGCGUUAAUGCAGAUCAUGAUAGCCGCUAUGCGCGCGUUCUAUUCAAGAUUGGGGGCCUGCGCGGGGCAGGCACCCUCUACGAGAAGUUUGAAGAGAUCCUCGCCCGGAUGGGAAUUGAGAUCGAGUUCGACCACGGGGAUGAUGAUAAUGAUAAUACAGAAGGGGAGUACAAUCAGGCCGAGCAGUCGCAGCAUGGGCUUGACGUCUCGAACAACACCAGUAGCGACGCGCCUGCGGCUGGGAAUUCACCAAAGCGCAGGCGCAAUUCAGAGAGCUCGGCUUGGGAUCUGGGGAUCGACCAGCGAACACCAAUUACGCCAAGACGCAACUCAUUCACAACUAUCGGGAAUGCGAGAUCCGAGUUUGGAACUUCGCAGGGUAUACUGCAGGAACUUAGACAGCCUGCAAGCCGAUCUAACAUCCGUGCACCAUCUAAGAACCGCGCACCGGUCAAUCAUAAGGAGGAGGAUACUGUCGAUAAUGUUGGACUCUGGCUCAAUGCGCGCUCACCCAAGUUGCGCGGCAGGAGUCGAGGGAGAUCAGUCUCAACUCAUGCGAGUUUGCGAAUCAGACGCCGUGGCCGAUCGAACUCCACUGGUCGCGGACAUUAUUCACAGUCAGUACACCCUUUGGACCCCUCUUCUGAGGAUGAUCAUCGGGACCGUAAUCUUACGAGUUUUAUUUCUAGUUUUGGCGAAGAGACACGCGAGUUACUACACGAUGAGCAGCCAGCCCAUCAACCCGAGAAUCUGCUGGAGAUCAAAGCAUCAUUGGUCCUACAGCAAAGCGCACGCCACCUCACGAGACAGAUUUUCCGGCAAUGGAGACACAAAACUCUGCAGUUGCAAGAGGAUGUCAAGAUUCUUAACAGGGUCGCGAAUUGGCACGACAAGAGAUCGCUCCUUCGAUCCGCUUUCGAUCAAUGGCGUGCUCAGUAUCUGGAAAAACACACAUCUACGGAUGAGGAACAAUUCUACGCUCAUCUUGAAGAAGAGGCUACGAAAGCUCGAAACACCACAUUGCUGCAGAGAGCAUUCAACCACUGGUCCAACUCUGCUAACGAGCAAGUCGAACGUACAGCUGUUGCCCGAAGACAUAUUGUUAGGACACGGGUAUUCAAUGCCUGGAAAGAGAUCACAGCUGUCAAUGAGAUGAAGGUACGGAGACAUGUUUUGAAGAAGUUUUUCUCGAAAUGGGUACAGAAGCGUGAGGAAACAGCACGGGACAACACCGCUGCUGUGCAGAUGUAUGAAGAUAAUCUGGUCAAGAAAGUCUAUGACCAGUGGGCGAGGAAGGUAUCGGAGCACAGAGCUACAGCUUUGUGGGCGGAGGGAGCGAAGCGCCGAGCGCUAUUCAAAUGGAUCGUCGUCUCACACAACAACUGGGAGAGAAGCAGGACUGCAGAGGAGAGCGCGCGGCUCGAUCUCAUGUGGAACAAGUUGAAGGUCUGGAAGAAUCAGAUAGAGGUACGCAGGCGUCAGGAGCAGCAAGCCGAAGAACACUAUCGCCACACCCUCCUUACCGGUUCUUUCGUAAUAUGGCGUCGAGAGCAACAGCUGUUGCAGCCCAAAUUUACGGUGAUGUCGAACGUGGCCACUCGAAGGCUACAAGACUCAUUCCGGAUUUGGGCCCACCGUGCCCGCCUAGAAAAACAGGCUGCUGAAGUCGAUCGAACGAGGAUACUGCGAGAAGCCUUGACAGCCUGGCGCCUUAAGCAUCGGACUCAGAUAGUAGUCGCUCGGCAGAAUCGUCGGAUUGCAGCAGAGGCCCUGUACAAGUGGAAUGUGCAGGAGAAACUGAAGCUUGCCCAACAACUUCUCGCACGUCGACGACUUCAGAGUACCCUACAAGCCUGGAAGGAGAAAUCGAAAGCGUCGAGCGAGCAGGCUGUGGAUUUGGAAGCGAUGGCUCAGGCAUUCGUGGCUCGAAAGAGACAGAAUGCCGUUCUCCAGUGCUGGAAUGCACGGAUGGCAUCGAAACAGCAGCUUGAGGCUGCCGCUGUCGAAUUCCGCAACCCACGUCUGACUCAAGGAGUAGUCUCGAAGUGGUCCGCACAACUCGAGCAUGUUCAGGAGCUGGAGCAGCGAUCGCGGAUUGCCGAAUACUACUUUGCGACCACCAAGGCCCUCAAAAAAUGGAAAGCUUCCACGGAAGCUGCGAAAAGAGAGAAGCGGAAACUCGCCUAUAUACAGGUUCGGAGAACGGCUAAGAUCAAUCUGGCAAGGAACGUUCUCGAAAAAUGGCGCGAAAAAGCGCGACAGGUUUCCAGUCUCCAAGCACAAGCAGCCGAGGUCCGCCACAACAAAGAUAUUAUUAUUGGGAUGGAUAUCUUUGACCGGUGGAAAGGCAAUGCUGAGGCGCUUGCGGGACUCGAAUCGCUAUGGCGGGAAACUGUGUUGAAGAAGCACUUCACUGCCUGGAGGAGACGGACGGAUGCGGUACUGGCUCUUGAAACAGAAGCAGUGCUCACAUACCAGGAAAGUCAAACGAGCCGAGCUGUCAAGCGGUGGAGUCUACAAACUUUGCAGCGUGGAGCCCAUUCCAACUACGCGGCUGAAAUCCGCGAGAAGAACGCGAAGAAGAAUUUUAGGAAGAUCUUCACAUACUGGCGACACACCGCUCUCGAACGGCGACCUCUACCCAGGCGGAAAGUAGGAUUCGCGGAGCCCGCUCAGUUAGGAGCUACAGAGCGAGCUGAAGCGUGGUCCGACUUUGGGGACGAGAAUGAGAUGAACGAGUGGGUGAAUGGACUGGAUGAGGGAGGAGGAGCCGCAUCGACGCCCAUCCCCGGGUAUCUGAGUACGCCUUCCAGGUCCCGACGAUCACAGAGAGUGAUGGCCGUGGCCGCGAAAUACUCUACGACGCCGAGAGCCCCUCUGUCUACGCCCUUUGAAAAAAAGUUGCGGGCACAGUGGUCUGGAGGCUAA